AUGACGUCGCUCAUCGGCCAGUCCGAAACCAUUGGAUACUCCUUCUCCGAGCCAACAUCCGCUAAUGUCAAACAACACUCGUUCUACCCUUACACCGACAACGGUGGUUCCACACUCGGCAUCACUGGCUCUGACUUCGCUAUCCUCGCCGGUGACACUCGUUCCACAUCCGGCUACAAUAUCAACUCUCGCAUGGUCCCCAAGGUCUUCAAGAUUGGCGGAGACGAUGAAACCGGUGCCGGAGCUCAGAUCAUCCUCUCCGUGGUCGGAUUCGCCGCAGAUGGAAACGCCCUCAAGGAAAAGCUGGACACCGUGGUGAAGAUGUACAAAUACCAGCACGGCAAAUCCAUGUCAGUCAGCGCAUGUGCGCAGCGACUGUCAACCAUCCUCUACGAGAAGCGUUUCUUCCCUUACUAUGUACACGCGAUUCUGGCUGGUCUGGAUGAGGACGGUGUGGGUGCGUUGUACAGCUACGACCCGGUGGGCUCAUACGAGCGGGAACAGUGCCGUGCGGCGGGUGCAGCUUCAAGCUUGAUCAUGCCCUUCCUGGACAACCAGGUCAGCUUCAAGAAUCAGUACGUGCCCGGGAGCGGAGAGGGCCAUGCCCUGGAGUCCAAGAAGGCCGAGGCUUUGCCUAAAGAGCAUGUUAAGCAGCUUGUCCGGGAUGCCUUUACGAGUGCCGUGGAGAGACAUAUCGAGGUUGGUGAUGGUCUACAAGUCAUGAUCGUCACCCGGGAGGGUAUCGAGGAGAUUUACCACCCUUUGAAGAAGGAUUAG